AUGGUGGCUGGAAAACGUAAUACUAAAAAGGCACCUAAGCGUGUAAAGACCACCACCCCAACAGCAACAGAUAACGUGAUGAGCACUCAAGCUUCUGUGGAAGCCACACAAGAGGUAACAGCUACGAAUGAAGUGGGAUCUGUUCUCAUGCAGGAUGAUGGAACUUCUCUUGGGAAUUCUCUCUUUAACGCACUCAUGGAAGGGGCAUCAGCAGAACAUGUGGUGAAUGAACUUCUUCGUAUUUACAAUGAUGGCAGUAAAGAUAGUGUUUGCUGUGCUAUUUUGAACCUUGCGGCUAAAGCUUCUGGAUCUAUUCAAGCUGAAUUGGAUGCAAGUGCACUUAAGGAUGAUGUGGAGAUAUCAACUUUAUUGGAGGAAUUAUACGCUCGUGUUCCGGAAAAUGCGGCUGUUUAUCCUUUGGUAAAGAAAGAUCCAAAGUAUCGUGUUUUUCGUACAUCCUACCGACAAUUCUUUAAACGAUUGGUAGAUAUUAGUUAUACAUGUAAUGUAUUACUAGAUGGUGUACUUUUUCCCACUAUAUUACGUUGGAUUAUUGCAAUGAGUGAAAGUAAGGCUCGUUGUUUUCGUCACACUUCUAUAGUUGCUCUUCUUAGCAUUGUAGGAUCUCUUAAUGGUUUAAUUCGUGACUUAAAUAACCGUCUACCAUCUCAUGGACGUGGGAAAAAACAACAAAAACAACAACAACAACAACAAAGAGAAGAAGUGGGUAUUCUUCAAGAGAAUAUUCAAACUAUUAUUGGAUUACGUAAUCAUAUUAUAUCUCAAGCUAUUCAUCAAAGACCUCGAGAUGUUGCACCUGAGAUAAGACAUUUGGUUCUUGAAAAUCUUGAAGAUUGGAUUUUAAAAUAUGAUGAAGAAUUUGCAGAAAAUAAAUAUUUUCGUUAUUUUGGUAUGGCCUUAUAUGAUAAAAAACCAGAAAUUCGUGCUGAAGCUCUUACAAUGAUUCAAAAAGCCCUUAUGUCUACUCCAGAAAGUGGUAAUCGUAUGUUUUUAUUUCUUCAAUAUUUUGCUAACAGACUUGUGGAAAUGUGCAGUGAUGUUAAUAUGCGAUGUGCUGAAUUAGCUAUUGGAGUUAUUGUUCUCAUUCUUCGUGUAUAUGGUGAAGAAGCUGAAGGAAAAGAACUUAUUGAUAAUGAAAUGAUUGAUCGUGUAUUAUUAACUUUAUUUGAUGAACGUCCUACUAUUCGUCGUGAAGCAGGUGUUCUUCUUAAAGUUUUUAUUGAAUCUCGUAUUUCUGUAAAUGCAAAUAAUACUAUUGCUUAUCAGAAAGCUGGGAUGGAACUUCUUUGUGCCUUUGCUUCUACAUUAAGAUCACAAUAUGAUGAGAUUAUGUCUGAACGAUAUCUUAUUGAUGCUCUUUAUACAUCUUCACAAGAACUUCCAUCUUUACUUCAAGAAUAUUCUCCUAUUCUUGAUCUUAUUACGGCAGAUGAUGUUAAUGAAGUUAUGGUAGGUUUAGGAAUGGCUUCUGCUUUACUUGAAAAAAUGCGUGGACGACUUGAUAUUGGUCCAAUUCCUAAAGAAGAUCGUCGUCAAGGUAUAAUAAAGAAAUCUACAUCAGGUAAAUCAUCCAAUACAGAUACAAUGGAAAUUUCUUUAAGUUGUGAUGUUGGUAUUUUAUUACCAGAAGUUCUUGAAAAACAUAGAGGAGAUGUAAAUAUUUUAUGUGGUGUAUCUUCUGUUAUUGCUGUUAUGAAUUUUAAUGCUUUUACUUCUGUAAAACAAGUAACACAAAUUAAAACUCUUAUUUCUUUAUUACGUAAGAGUACAGCUGCACUUCCUUCUUGUGAAGAUAUACAACUUGGACAAGUCACUUCAGCAUGGUUGGCAAUUGCUUUUGAGGAUCAUCCUAUGAAAAGUGAAGGAAUAACUCAACUUCAGGAACUUGUUAAACAGAUACUUAAACAAUUUUCUUCUAUUCAAAAAAUAAAUCCCAGGUCAAACAGUCAUGUAGAUGAAAAGGAAUUAUUACAUGUUUGGAGUCGUCUUAGUAUUUUAUCUUCUCUUGUUUCUGUGGUAGAUCAAUGGGGAUUAUUUAAAGCAUCUAUUGUACAGUACAGUAAACCAGAUACUUCUCCUGAACUUUUACGUUUGAUUUUAUUAACUUCAGUUCGGUGUAUCUUUUGGCAACUUGGUGCAGAACAACAACAAGAACAAGAAGAACAAGAACAAGAACAGGAAAUAUCAGAAAAGAAGAAUGAAGUAUCUACUAAUAUGGUAAACCAAAUGAUUGGUGAGUUAUUAUCAUGUAUUUACCAAAUAUGGUCUAUGAACUCUGAAAAGAUAAAUCAUGAAGGUUUUAUUUCGCUUUUUGUUGAAAGUAUGGUAAGUCUCUGUGAUCUUUGUUCAUUAAAGUAUUACAGUAUGUCCCAAAUGGAACAAGAUGUACUUUUAGAGAAAUUUGGUGAAUUAUCAGAACUUCUUUCUUCUGAAGUACGAGCGGCAAAAGAUAAACUCAGAGAUGCUGAACAACAAUAUCGUGAUGCUGCUAUUCCAUUAAGUGUUAUUGCCAAAUCUCGUCGUGAGUUAUCUCAUCUUGAGGCAUCUCAACUUCGUGUAACGGCAGGUAUGGUACGAUUACUUUUACUUCAUAGACUCGCAGAAGAAGUGGCUCCGCGUAUAUUAGUUCAAUGGUCAAAUGCACCUACAAAAACAAUUGCAGAUAUUUUCAGAAAUUUAUUUCGUACAUUACGUGAUUGUAGUGGUGAUAGUUUUGCACUUGAAAAGUCUAUUCUUGUUGCCGCCUAUAAUUACUCCUCUGAUGCACUUUAUCAAAUGGGAUUAAAACUCUCCUCUAUGCAUUGGCCUUUACCUGAUAAAUAUUAUUCUUCCUGUAUCAGUAUUGUUCGAUUUGGUAUGGAUUUCGCAACUUCUACAGAUCCCGCAUUCCUACAAGCCAUUGUGGCCUAUUGUCCUAAACUCUUAAAGGGUGAUGCUCUUGCGAUUGCACAGUCACUGUCUGCAAAUGAGAAACUUGCGGCAAGUACAGAUCCAAAUGCACGUCUUUUUAUCUCCGCUAUUCGUCGAGCCGCGAGAUUGGAGGAUGUAGGAGGUGCAACACCUAUACAGAAUACCAAACGACCACGCGAGGGAAUACAAAAUGGAGAAACAACAGAAGAAUUUAUUCAACAACAACAACAACAACAACAAGGAGGAGGAGACGAACAAUUGAUAAUAAAUUCACCGAAGGGAAGUGCUUCCCGAUCACGGUCUCGACGACGUCUAUCCGAAAAGCUGCCGGUACUUCCCAAUCGUGUUAUUACUGAAGAUGGUUGGCACGUGCGGUGUAAUGAAAACGGAGUGGCAUUAAGUAUGGCCUCCUCCACACCAGAACCCGUGGAGACCACACGUGUGCCGGAUCCACAAUCAUCUAAAGCUAAGGAAACAGAGACUGUAAGAGUAAAAGAUGAUCUUCUCUCAUCUCUUGCAGGUGAAUUGGAUCGUGAUGAGGUUUUUAUUGCGACUCAGGAAUAUGAUUAA